AUGGCUUCUCAACUAUCCAUCGACAGCACGUCGCCUCCGCCGGCGACAGGCAGAAGCACCGCAAUGGCGCAGGACCAGGAGAUUUGUUUCGUCAACACGACGGGCAAACCUGCAAAGGGCUGGCGGGCCACAAAUAAAACGGUCCGAUCGCAUGUGAUGCGCAGGUACAAACGCCAAGAGCGCACAAAGACACGCAAAGACGGCGCCUCUGAUAACGACUCGGUCCGGGCCUUGUCUGGCGCGUCUCUGGAGGCGGCGGCAACGGUUGCCACCGAUCUGGAACCCGGCGUGCUUUCGAGAAAUUCGUCCCUCGAGCCAUCUCUGUCGGGAAGCGGCCCGAGUGACGACGCGACGAGGACACGUGGGAGUGUUAGCGAUAGGGGCACGGAGGGCGACGGGACGACUCUGUCGCUUUUUGACCAGGACAUGGAGGAAUGGCCGGCGGCAGAAAACAGCAUUGCAUUUCCUGCCUCCAGGUCUCCCGAUAUCAGGACCUGGCUCGACGGCAGCAUCGAUCCUUUCGCCUGUCUUCCAAUCCCGCCCACGCCACGAACUCUCAUGCUUUUGCAGCAGAACGCAUUUGCCGCCAUUCGAACGUCUGUUCACGCCGACGCCGAUGAUGUGUGGCGGCGCUCGUGCAGCAGCGACCCGGCCUGGCUCUUUAUGACGUUGUUCUACGCCUCCGCACGGUUCCCCAGCACCUCGACAGCGGAUGCCGCGGAAGACGCAAGCUAUCUGCUGAAGUCCAUUGCGGCUAUCAACGAAAGCAUUUCGGAGGCACCGGGGUGCGUCAGCGACUCCACGAUUGCCACUGUGGCUUGUCUUGCAAACAUUGACAACUUGAACGGCAUAUCUUCCAACGCCGCAGUCCAUACUAGCGGACUUAUACGCAUGGUCGAGUUGCGCGGCGGCUUGAGCAAUCUGGGAAUGCGAGGCAUCCUGCGUCGGAUGGUGCUGUGGUCCGAUCUUCUGGCAAGCUCGAGACUGGGACGGCCACCGCGCUUCCCUUUCUACCAGGCAGACACGUCUGCACCUUUGACCGUCUUUACGCCGUCUGUCUCGUCUGACACGUAUCACCUCGUCACAAAUGGAGCCCUAGACGCCAUCUUGACGGUGAAACAUCGCCUCUCAAUAGCGCAGCUGCUGCUGUCGCUGCACCGCUUGUCCUUGUUUCUGAGUUUGACGGACUCCCUGUACCUACCAUGGGAAGCAAGUUACCCCGAUCGCGUCUACCAAGUGGAGUACCAAUUCCUCACGGCCCUCUUUGACGAUCAAGUCACGGCACCCACGGACACGCAGCGCAUGAGACACCUGUCGGCGGCGCCAUCCGAUGUCGGCUCCUCGAUCGACUGA